AUAAGCGCUGUUUAAUUUAGUGAAUUUUAGGUUUCAAUUCAUUGAGAAUCCAUCAGCCCUUAAAGGACAAAUCUUUUAACCUCUAAUUUUACAUUCAUGGCAGCCGGGCACAAAUGAAGGGCUGCAGACCUUAAUAAUGGUCUGAAGCAAUUCACACAUAUUUAUUUCUGCAUUUUAGAAGCUUCAAGCCAGGGAGUGAAAUCCGGACAGGUUGUUAUAGCUACGCAAUCCACAGGGGUUCCGAUGUCUAUUUAAAACCCCUCGGACCCUCCCUCUCUCCUUUAAACAACAUUAUAUAUCACACACACUGCAUGCUAAUGCGACCAAUUCUCAAUGAGCAGUAAAACUCAUCCUAAAAUUAGCCCAUUCUGGUGUCUGAGUUCCAACUGCCUGACUAGGCAGCGGAGGAACAUAUCAUCAGUAUUCCCCCUUUGGCAAUACCUGCUGAUUGGGUCCUAAAAAGCGAGCAGCUUUUAACCUUUAAUAUUUGGCUCCAGAGCUCUGCCACGACGUUACGCGAAAGGCAGCGUCUCCUUCAGAUUCCGCGGAGGAUAAAAAAAAAUUAAAAAAUCACCGCACAUUCGAUUUUUUUUUAAUUAUUUAUUUUUUUUCGCUCAGUUCGAAGCUCGGCGCGCGUACGAGCGUGCGCGUAGGAAUCCCGCUGGAGAUGUUUUGCGAAACUUUGAGGAUGAUACACCUUGGAUGUUUCCUGUUGCUCUGUGGGCUCACGCAUGUCAUGGCAAGUUAUCCCAUCUGGUGGUCGCUAGCGGUGGGCCACCAGUACACCUCACUGGGAACGCAGCCCAUUCUGUGCGGCAGCAUCCCGGGCCUGGUGCCCAAGCAGCUGCGUUUCUGCCGGAACUACGUGGAAAUCAUGCCCAGCGUGGCCGAGGGCGUGAAGAUCGGCAUCCAGGAGUGCCAGCACCAGUUCAGGGGCCGGCGCUGGAACUGCACCACCGUCAACGACAACCUGGCCAUAUUCGGGCCCGUGUUGGAUAAAGCCACUCGGGAGUCCGCCUUCGUUCACGCCAUCGCCUCCGCCGGAGUGGCCUUCGCGGUGACCCGCGCAUGCGCCGAGGGCUCGGCCACCAUCUGCGGGUGCGACACGCGCCACAAGGGCCCCCCGGGCGAGGGCUGGAAGUGGGGCGGCUGCAGCGAGGACGUGGACUUCGGCAGCAUGGUGUCGCGGGAGUUCGCCGACGCCCGAGAGAACCGCCCGGACGCGCGCUCGGCCAUGAACCGCCACAACAACGAGGCCGGAAGGACGUCCCUCAACGACAACAUGUUCCUGAAGUGUAAGUGCCACGGGCUUUCGGGGAGCUGCGAGGUGAAGACCUGCUGGUGGUCUCAGCCCGACUUCCGAGCGAUCGGUGACUACAUGAAGGAUAAAUACGACAGCGCGUCGGAGAUGGUGGUGGAGAAGCACAAGGAGUCGCGCGGGUGGGUGGAGACCCUCAGGCCCAAGUACAACUACUUCAAACCCCCCACCGACCGCGACCUGGUCUACUACGAGAGCUCGCCCAACUUCUGCGACCCCAAUCCGCUGACCGGCUCCUUCGGGACGCGCGACCGCGUGUGCAACCUGACGUCGCACGGCAUCGAUGGCUGCGACCUGCUGUGCUGCGGACGGGGACACAACACUCGGACCGAGAAGCGAAAGGAGAAGUGCCACUGCAUCUUCCACUGGUGCUGCUACGUCAGCUGCCAGGAGUGCGUGAGGGUCUACGACGUGCACACCUGCAAGUAGCGCCCGGGGGUUUCGCCAAAAUCAAAAACUGAGACGGGGGGGAGGAGCCCAACCAUGGAGCCAACAAUGGCCUUGAGCUGAUGCCUUAAAGAACCAGAGCCCGAUUUGACCAUUCAAUCAGAGCUGUGCUAGUGAUGCUCUCUGUGAACCCUCUGAUCACCAUAUUGGUGAUUUGUCUUUCCACGUUCUACUUUGGUGGCGAUUAGCUCAGAGCUGCAAGUGUUUUCAAGUGUCAAGUGGCUUCUCAGACUCUUCGGCAUCAUCAUCCACGCAUCACUACACGACCGGACACUGGACAGCAAGCAUUCUCUCACUCAGCGUUAUUAGUAUGUGUGUGUACGCCUUCAGACUAACAUAGUUGUACGCGUGGGUAUUUGUUGUGUAGCGUUGAUACGUUCCUGACAUUUAGGUAAGAAUGCACUUGCACCUGAGUGAAUGUAGCUAUCGUUCUGUAAUGUGUUUACAUAUUCACACAUACUUAAGCUAACAAAUUAAUAUGUGCUUUGAAUGACUAAUUGUUUCUAAGAGUAGACAUGAGCCACAUCCACCGAACGCCGGCGAAAGGUUGACGCACGCUUCCUGACACACGCUGGGAGCUUCCUCUCGAGAGCAACCGCACAGCGAGUUACGACCAAAGACGAGAAACGAGUGUCCCGUUCCAGACAUGUGAAGCUUAUUCCUCUUGGUUUUAUCAGUAUUAUCUCAUGGGACUAAAAAAAGAAUCUGCUCUGUUUAUUGCAACAUAACUUACAGCUGUAGAAAAGCAAAAAAAAUGAAAACAAAAAGACCAAAACCUGAGCAUGUGAUGAUUCUCAGUUGUGGCUUAUUGUUCCCCAAACUAAACAACAAGCAGCAUCACUGAAUCCAUCAACACUUCCCUUAUUUUAAUGCUGCUAAGUGAAGAUUACCGUAUGUGUGUGUGUGUUUCGGUCUUUACAUACAGCGUCCUUGUCUGGCUUUUAUGUACUGUACAAUUUUGAUUCUUUCUGUGAAAGAAAUAUAUUAUCAUGUAUAGUUUGGAAAAAAUGUGAAGUUUGGACUAAUUCCUACGUACAAUAACUCCCAUUUAACCAAAUAGACCAACAUAGAGUUUGCUAUUUUUGUAGUUGUUUAUGGAUUGUGUAGUCAAGCUAAACAUCAGGGCAAAAGCUGAGUCACGUGGGUUUCCUUUCAUUUGAGAAGCGCAACCCAGUAUUUAUUUAUUUGGAAAAUAGAAAACAACUGAUAGACAAAACAUAAUGUUUAUUAAAAUUUCUUUCCCCAUAGCCUCAAUUAUUGUUCACAGCCGAUGGGAUUUUAUAUUUUAGGCAUGUUUAGUUCCCAGAUUCUACUCAGACUUGCCUGUCCAUGAUUUCUGAAAAGAUUAAUAAUCAGCCAUAAUCACUUGUAAUAAACUACACAGCAGCAGUUCCUGCCUGCUACCGUGCGUUCAUAGCCGUACAGCUUAGUGACCUAAAGUGACUUGUUAAUUGUAUGGACAAUUUUCUUACGUUCUAAUUUUUUUUCUUAAGUCUUUAAAUCCAAAGUUUUGUACAAACUAUUUGCUUUUCUUAUGGAUUUCUAAAAUUUGUUGUUUUUUUAUAAUUAUUUAUUUCAUGCUAUGUAAAUACUAGUAAGUAAAAUAUAUAUAUUUGCAGAAAUA